CUGUCCAAAAAUCCAUCAAAAUCAAAAAGACAACACAAAAAAACAACAGCAUAUGAACUCUCAAAUCCCAACUCCAAUAAUCAAAUCUUCCUAAAAAACACAGGCUUGUCUCUGUUUCAUCCUCUUCCACAAUCACUUUCACUUUCUCACUUCAAUCGUGGGCGUCCAUUUUCGCUCUUUCUCUUCCACACCCAGUUUCUAAUCCACCUCUUUGUCUUGAAGCUUUCACCUUUUAGCACCUAGUUAGAUCUGAUUUUGGACCCAUUAUAAGUGAUGGUACUGCAAAAUCUUCAACUUGACCCGGUAACAUUUUUUGACAGAGUCAAGUGAAUGAGAAUAAUGGGGUUCUUUUUUGCAAUGUUUUGAAGUGUUGAAGUUGAAAAAGUUUCAAUUUUGAAGCGGUGGUUGUGCAUGUGAGAAUGGAGGGUCGAAUGAAGAAGUAUAGACAAGUGAGUCCAGAGAGGGCUAAAGUUUGGACUGAGAAGUCACCGAAAUACCAGCAGAAUGUUAAGGUAGCUGUGGUUUAUUAUCUAUGUCGAAAUAGGCAACUAGAACAUCCUCAUUUCAUGGAGGUUUCACUUUCUUCUUCUUCAGAUGGGUUGUAUUUGAGAGAUGUGAUUGAUAGACUAAAUGCACUGAGAGGCAGAGGCAUGGCUUCCUUGUAUUCAUGGUCUUGUAAGAGAAGCUACAAGAAUGGAUUUGUGUGGCACGAUCUUUGUGAAGAUGAUCUAAUUCUACCGGCCCAUGGAAACGAGUAUGUCCUCAAAGGCUCAGAGCUUUUUGAAGAAUCCAAUUCAGAUCGAUUCAGCCCCAUUAAUGACGUUAAAAUACAAAGUGUGAAGCUGUUGCCGGGGCCAGCUUCUUUUCGGAGUCACGAUGAAGCUUCAUCCUCUUGUAGCAUGAACGGAAAAGAGACAAGACACUCUCAGGAUGACGAACUUUCCCAAGAACAACAUACGGGUUCGUCUGACGUUUCUCCUGAGUCAAGAGAUGAAAAGAGCGGUCCAGCAAGCUUAGCAUUGACAGAGUACCAAAUUUUCAAGACUGACGGAUUGGCAGAUGCUUCAACUCAAACAGAAGAUAAUAUCAGCAGAUCAAGAACCCAGAAAACUUGCACAAGAGGUGUAUCAACCGAUGACGGGUCGUUAGAAUCCGAAUGCCAUGAAAUAUGUCAAACCGAAGUUCCACAAGUGAAACAUAAUUCAGAAAUCUGCAAAGAUACCAUUUCUCCUUCAACCACGAAUUCAAGUCCCUUAUCUUUUGGGGGGAAGAUGGAAACUUUGGAAUCUUUGAUUAGAGCUGAUGCUAGUAAAGUGAGCAGCUUUCGGAUUCCGGAAGAGGAAGAUAUUCCUAUGCCGACCAAUACAAGAGCGAAGACCUCAAAUUUGUUGAUGCAAUUGAUCUCUUGUGGCUCAAUUUCGGUGAAAAACCACAGUUUUGGCCUUAUCCCUUCCUAUAAGCCGAGGUUUUCGCAUUCGAAAUUCCCUUCUCCGCUUUUUUCAACUUCUUUUGUGUUGGGAGAAUUCGAUUGCUUAGCCGAGAAUCCAAAGAUGAUGAAUCUUAGAUUGGAAGACAAGGAAUAUUUUAGCGGGAGCUUAAUCGAGACUAAACUGAAGGAAGCCGAUGCGCCUGAUGUUCUCAAACGCUCUUCUUCUUACAACCAUGAGAGGACAAGUAAAGAAGAAAAACCAAUAGAAGACAAAGAGGAACCGUCCCCCGGACAUAUAAAAUGCAUUCCGCGAUCAAUUAAAGCUUCCCUAACCAAACAUCCACGAAGUGAGUCCAUGAGAUCCCCUAUUUCUGAUAAACCAAGAACUUCAUCCGACAGAAUCGACGGCUCCUGCAUAUCCUCUAUAUCAUCCAACAAUAAUAGUCAAAGAAUCACUGAACCUUGGUCAGCGAAAAAGCAAUCAAAGAAGGUAGAUUCAUUUCACGAAGACGAGGUGAUCAAAAUCGAAGAAAGCUUGCUUCGGGAGCUCGGGUUAUAAUCCAAUCUAAACCUUUUUGCGACACGGCUGCAUCUGGAAGCCGAUAAAAGAUUAGUUUUCAUUGUCUAUCAGGUUUAGUUUGAAUGCAAAAUGAUUGUAUAUAGUUUGGUAGAUUCAUAUCACCUCUCUUAAGCCUAAUGACAGAAUCAUUUCACUUUUAACCAGAAUCAGUUCUACAAAAUCAAUUCACUCAGAAUCAAUUCCCGUAACCGCAAAACCGAACACACACGCCGAUUCAUGUGAAAGAGAGGUAGUUGUGUAGGUUAGUUCUAGUGGUCCAUAUCUUAUUAACUAUAUUGUGCUGGCUAGAGAGGGACUUUAUUUUCAAAGAUGGGGAAAAAGUAAUGGUAGUUUUCAAACCCAUCUCUUGCAAUUGUCACACUGAUAAUGUAAAAUGCAAUGAUUGUGACAUAAAGUUGACUAUAACAUUGGAUGCAUUUUGUCUUGAACUUCAAAUUAACAUUCUCUUACAUGCUAGAUUUAAUUCUCAAAAGCUAAAAGCAUGUUUAAAGCUACUUUUAUUCAUGACCCUUUUUUAAGCACCAAAAGGGAGUUUUCUCUAUGUAGUAAAAUAUUCAAAAGCUUUGAUUUUCUUUCUCCAAAACCAAAAUGUCUUUUGACAAAAAAUGAUAAUAAUUGAAGUUGAAAAUUUGAAAUAGUCACAUGUUCAAAUGGAUGACACUCAAAAGCUGAGUCUUGUAUCCAUUGUGUCCCUACUCCAGUCUAUCUACUGCUGCAAACAUGAAAAAAUAUAUCAUAAAUUAAAGCUUAUAAUCUAAAAGCAUUUUUGUCUUGAAAGGUAUGUUUGGAUGAUUGUCCUUUCAUGCUUUUGUCUGGUUAUUGAGAUCUUGUGUGACCCUUAAAAUCAUCCCUUUACUCAAUUAACAUAACUUUGACUUCACUCAAAAGCAUGUAGGCUACCAUGAUACUGUUUUGAUAGCAAAAAUAAUACAGCUUAAAAGUCACACCUAUAGCUUACUAAACUACAUAAUUAAAAAAAGGUUUUACAAACCUUUGUUUCUUUCGAGUUUAUUGUUUUAUUUUAGUAAGUACUACUAUUUUUUUUAUAGU